AGCAGGGACGGUCCUCCUCGUGAUCAACGCAGACUGACAUACGUAUCUGAUCACCGGAGUUUGAUUUACUCCCAUUUGAAGGCCGUCUAUAGAUAAAGAAAAUCGUCCACGAAGAGCCGACGAUCUGCCCUCCUACCUUGCGUUUCUCCUUUAGAAGACAGAGUUGGUGGUUGAGAGGCGUGAGGGGAGUGUGAGUGCGUGUGUGUGUGAGACUAAUGGCGGAACAACAGAGACAGCGUGCACUUUCCACAUCAGGAGAGUCACUAUACCAGGUCUUGGGAGUUGAGAAGAACACAGCACAAGACGACAUUAAAAAAUCUUACAGGAAACUAGCUCUAAAAUUCCACCCAGACAAGAAUCCCGACAACCCAGAAGCGGCGGAUAAGUUUAAAGAAAUAAACAACGCUCAUACAAUUUUGUCGGAUCCCACCAAGCGCAACAUCUACGACAAAUAUGGAUCUCUCGGCCUCUACGUGGCAGAACAGUUCGGAGAGGAGAAUGUGAACACAUACUUUGUAUUGUCCAGCUGGUGGGCCAAGGCCUUGUUUAUAUUCUGUGGUGUGGCCACUGGCUGUUACUUCUGCUGCUGUCUUUGCUGCUGCUGUAACUGCUGCUGUGGGAAAUGUAAACCUCAUCCUCCUCACACAGACGAGCCUGAAUUUUACGUGUCACCUGAAGAUUUAGAGGCUCAGAUGCAGUCUGAUGAGAGAGAUGGCAGCAGCCCCAUUGUGAUGCAGCCCUCCUCAGCCACCGAGACCACUCAGCUGACCUCAGACUCGCACCACACCACCUACCGGACAGAUGCCAGCUAUUAAAGUAACCUCCCUCUGUCGUUCUCUCUCUCACACGCACGGGACCACCAUGCCACAAGAGGGCACUGUGGAGAAUGAGUGUUGAGGUAGAGACAGACAGGGGAAAUAAAGAUUUGGCUAGAAGGGAUACAGCUACAGCAUUUUGCAUUUGGAUGCAAAAUCUCGCCAAUAAAUUACAGUAGCUAAUGCCUACCCUAAACUUACAAAAAACUCUUGUCGGCAUGAUAAAAAUGAGGCAGUAUUGAAGUGCGCAUGCCCAGAGGAGGUAGAUGUAUCUCUUCUAGCCAAAACCAAAAUAAAGGGCAGUUGUGCAGAUCUUCUGCUGUAUGAUUGAAAAUGCUUCACUUUACAGGGCGAGACGCAAGUUUUAUUUUAUUUUAAUUUGCCUUUUACCUCUAUCAACCCCAAACCCACUGUUACAAUAUAAUCCCCACAUCUACACACAAGACAUUUGGUGUCAUUACAGUCUUCCUGCUGUGAUCUUUCAAAAAUGACUGUGUAUAUGUUGGAAUGGCUCUUUAUCUGUAAGACAAGUUGACUAAUGACUUGCAUUAGAUUUAAGACGUAAAUUAGCAAAAUGUUUAAUAAUAAUUUGAACAAUCACUUAAUCUUGCCAUCUCUAUGUUGUUGUUUAGGUAACUAUCGUUUAGAAGAAAUACGUGUUCAUAUUUUAAGCUUUUAGUUUAGAUUAUCUUAAACUGGUAUUAUUAGAAGACCUAAAGCAACAGUUCACAUAAACAUGAAAAUUAUGUCAUCAUUGAUUUACUCUCAAGCUGUUAGAAAUCUGUAUACAUGUCUUUGUUCUGAUGAAUACGGACAAGAAUUCUUCUAACUAAACAGUUCUUGGCCACCAUUGACCGCCACAGUUGGAAAAAUUGCUUUAAACUUUUAUUUGGUCUGUUGAACACAAAAUAAAAUAUUUUGGAGAAUGGGGAAAAGCAAACCUUUCUGGGGCAAUUUUGACUACCAUUGUAAUUUUUUCUACAAUGGCAGUCAAUGGGGGCCAAGAAGUGUUUGGUUACAAGCAUUUUUCCAAAUAUCUUUCUGUGUUCAUCAGAACAAAAAAAUGUAUAGAGGUUUAAAACAACUUGAGGGGCCGUAAGUGAUUUUUAUUUUGGGGUGAACUGUCCCUUUAAAAACGUAACACUAGGGGUUGUCACACAUACUAACUUGUAUGUCGUUCAUGCCUUUGAUGGGAUCUUGGCACAAACCUCCUAAACUCAUCAUAAACAUGCUGUCUGUUUUAACAUUCCAUUAAUGUCUGAAGAGUGUUGGGUGGAUUUCAUGUUAAAACAAACAUCUACAAAUGUUUGAAUAUUUUCAUAUAUUUAAUUUCAAGGUCACGUAGCCUGUGAAUUUCUUUCCCUGUGGUUUGCAGUGUCAUGUGCUGUAUGUUUUUGUGAAACAUUGUCUGAGUGAAUGUCAUCCAGUAGGCAUAUACAGUUCAGUUGGAUCUCUGUCUAGCUGUGUUUAAUGUGUGUGACGGUUUGGUAAAAAUGGUGAUACACACACAGCAUGUUUGUCACACUUUUGAAAAGCCCAUAUUUAUACAGUGGGAUUUAAUGAGCCUUGGAGGAUUGUGGGAAAAGUGAUACAUAUGUACAAACAAUGGCUUUCCAUCAAUAGAUUUUUAUAGCUUCAGAUUUGGUUAGUCAUUUUUAAACAAUGUUCCUCCUGAGAAAACACUUUGUUUUUUAAACGUGGAAGUUGACAUUCUUGCUGAGUGUACUACCAGUGUGCUGUAUUUUGGUUUGGUUGUAACUGCACCCAUAGUUUGACCUUUUUGCCUCGUGCCAGUAAUUUAAUCGGGUGAACAGGAUAUUUUACUCAUUUUUACCCCAGUAUUAUUGCUUUUUCUGCCAGAAAAUAUAAUCUCGACAUCCAAUUACAUCAAAUGGCUUCCUAGUAGUAAAUGUUGUUUUAAAUGUGUAUUCAGCCCCAUUUUGCUGAAACGUUGCAGUACACUGAAACAUUGUAGACCGUGUAUACUAUGUGACUGCACUGAAAGAACAUUGAGCUCUAAACUUCCUGUCUGUGUCAUCUGUAUUUUGUGUUUAAGUAUCGCUCACCUCUUUAUGCUGUAUUAGUUGUGUAGCUCUAAAUGUUUCCGCAUGUAUGUGCGUUUGAAAGGGGAUGUGCAGAAAACGUAAAUGUUUAUUUAGUUUCACAUUGUGUAUAUGUGGAUAUUUCAUAGAUAUCUAAAUAUUUCUUUUAGACUUUUUUUAUUUAAUUUAUGAUCUAAACAACAGGGAGAUUUGUUAGUGAUCAAGUUGCUGCUUGUUUGAACUGCUUCAUAACAUGUUUAUAACAUUAUUAUUAACAUAAUCGUUUCUGUCUCUGAUUUAAAAUACUACACUGGUUCUUUCAGGCAGACAUUUGUUUCAACUUCUUUCAUGAUUAUCAGUGUUGAAACAUUGCUCAGACUUCCUCCAUAUCCAGAAAUGUUUGAUGGAAUGUGAAGUCUGUCAACGCAUUGAAACAAAAUCAUGCCAGAUCUACAUGUUCUCUGAAAUUAACGUAAUAUUAGUCUAAAAACCGUGAUGAGAACAAUAUUUCAUUUAUUGUCCAGUUUUUAAUAAAUGAUGUGAAAAAUACAUGUAAGUGAAUAUGGCUAUUAUGCAGAAUGUCUUUUGCACAUUCUGGGUAAAUAGUCUGAUGUUGUCGUAGCAUGAAUUUACUGUCUGAGAAAAGUAACAUGGAUAGUUGAUCUGAAUCACAGUUGAACAAUAAAUGUUGAGAAAGCGAAA